UUUUCAUCACAUGGCAAUCACGUGAUCCUUUUGAUAAUUUCCGGUUUCAUUUGCGUCAGUGACAACGGCAGGUUGCCAAGCGCGAUAAAGAAAGUGAAAACUGUCAACAUUUCUUUUGUAAAUGGAUAAAUAAUUAAACAACAAUGCAAAGCUUGUAAGACCAUGGCUACUGGUAUAGCCCAACAGGCCCAAGUGGCCAGAGACUCGCACCAGGCGAGGAGAACAGAGGCAAUGCCGAAAUCUACCCUGUUUGGAAGUAUAUUGGAACUGCAAACGGAGGAAGGUGCUAAGUCAGCACGGGAACUUGAUCUUUCAUCUGUGAAAGUUCCCAAAACGCCAACAGGUAAAGGCGCAGGACAGAGAUUCACGCUACCAGAAGAAGUCAAGAAACAGCUGCCAGGUGCCAGUGUACUUGAAAAGUCUAGACGUGAGUACGAGACCCAGCGGAACCUCCUGACUAACAACACAAGCGAGCUGAAGAAGCGAGAAGAAGAAAGCCUUUACAAUCUUUCCCGAAGCGGGGAACCAGUGUUCAGCGCACGCGACUCGGGCACCGCGAAGCCACAGUGGUUCACAGAUCAGGAUAUUAAAGGGGCUAAGGAAAUUAAUAUUGUUGGACUAAAUCAGAAUCAGAGUUUUAACAGAGACAAAUACGGACAAAAGGCUCCUGUUCAUAAUUACAGUUACAUUGGGGAUAUUUUAAGACCAGGUAUGGAUUUUCCACGUAGGGAAAGAACUGAAAUUCAAAUGCGAAACUUAGGUUAUGGGACUGGAGAUAUGAAUGGUAUCCUAGCAGCGGAAUCGGCACCUCCACAAAGGGCAAACGCCAGUGCGCGAUCCCCUAGAAAAACAGCCAUUGCCGUUCCACCAAAUAUAAAACACCAGUUUGGUACACGUGUCUGUGACAAACUUUUAUCAGACAAAGAUGUUGUUGAGAAGACUAUACGUGAUCAAAAGGAAUUGAAGGAAAGUAUUCAAAGAAAGAGUAAACCGGUUAUAGUUCCUGCUUUCUCCAAAGAAAUGAACCCCGAGUAUGAAAUGUUGAGUAAUGCUAUGCGAAUGAACGUUACACCAGGGUAUACAAUGAACCACAAGACCAGCACCACGAAGACUGCGUUCAAUGACCAAGUCCAUCUGUUCAGAUACCAGGAUCCCGACAAAUGGAGAUACCAGAAAGACGAACUUAGCAAAUGGCGGGAAUGCAUAUUUCUGCAGAAAAUGUUGGCAAAGGGUUUGGACAAUAUUUUGGACAAUACGCCGAAAUUCCAGCGUAACUGGGAAGAUGCACCACGUGACAGAACAAAAACUGCCCCUGCGCCAACUACAAGAGAAAGAAAACCACAACCAAGAGCUAAACCAAAGACAGCACCAAAAACGGAACAAUCUAAAAAGGCAUCAACUCCUUUAGAAGACUUCAAGUUCGAGACGCCACCAGUGACCCCGCCUCCAGAGAAGGUGCAAGCUGUCGGGAACAGGAAAGAUUCAGAAUUCUGGAGCUUUUAUGACAAGGGUGGAAAGUAACCGAGUAUAAUUAUGCUUAUUUUUGAAAGCAUGUUUUUUACUAUUCAAAAACUGCAAACCUCGAGUGUCGUUAACCUGUCUGGUUUGUUAAGGUGCAGAUUUAAGCUGUAGCUUACUAGCAACAGAGAACACAGGGUUACGCUAAGAAAAUGUUUAUAGCCAGUCCACUACAGACUGAAUGCCUGCUAAGUUGUGCAAUAGCAGAAUAUUUCAAACAGGCUACUUUGAAAUGUCACAUAGCAAGUUACAAUCUAAUGCCCCCGUCUCCCAACGCCAAAAAAUGUCUUUUUGUAAUCAGGCCUUUCUUCCAUUCAGUACGGUACGGAGUAAUCCUGAAAAACCUUUUAAAUUCAUCACUACUUACGCGGCAAAAUAGGAAGAAAGUUAGAAUUUUUUGUUCGGCGUUUAGUUUAGGCCAUCGUUGUUUCGCCAUGUAGAUUUGUAAGUGUGAUCAUACAAUGAUAUGGCUCUACUAAACAAUUCGAAAAAGUGUUAACACCACGCGAAGACGAGGUAUCAACAUUACUCUUUCGCAUCGUGUUUUCUUAUCAUAUGGCACUAUUGUUCUUUCGUCUUAAAGUGAGUUUUCGUGCAUUCAGUCCUAAGGAUAGCAUAACAAUAGUGCGAUGUUAAUAUCACACUGUCCCGUCGCAAUAUCGUGAUUUCGCCAUAAGGUCAAGGGGUGAUAUUGCGAUAAUACGAGCAAAAACACGAUACCGAAGUGGAAUGUUAAUAUAGUCUUUGCACCGUGUAGAUAAUUUACUGAACUAGAGAUUUUCGUGCUGCCACAUACAAUUUUAAGGUGCUGAAAUGAAAGCUGCUGACAUUUUAUAUUACUGUGUCGACCAUUUCUAUAUAUUCAACAUACCUACCAGUAUUAAACAUUUACAUUUUUUGUGAAUAUUUUAACAGCAUUGUGUUCACACUAUACAACUUUUCAUUGGUAUUUAUGCACACAAUUUAUAUUGUUAAAUAUUUUUAAUUUUUGGGGAUAUGACGCAUUUUAUGUACAAGUUGAACUUUCAAACAAACCCACAGUGCAUAUAUUUAACAAUUUACACAAGUAAAAUGAGUUGUUGAUAAAUUAGUAUACACGAAAUUCAAAAGGUCUUCUGCCAUGUGAUGUUUAGGUAUCAGUAUCGUAUUUAUGUGCAUUUUAUAUAUCUGAUGAUGAACAGGUUAUACAUUGUAUUUAUGUUUUCACAUGUAAAGCUUUUACCAUUACUUUUUAUACUUUAAGUCAAUGGAUUGUUUAAAAAGCCGGCAUUGUUUAUGGAACUAUUUUUAGUCUCCAACAACGUACAAUGCUUUGUGAUUAAACUCAUAUUACAUAAAG